UUGGAUGGUUAAACCAUACUUUCUGAAGUAUAGUUCACCAAAUCUGGACGAUGGAAAAAACAAUUGUUCUCAUUACAGGAUGUUCUUCAGGGAUAGGACUUGGACUUGCAGUACGCCUUGCUUCUGAUUCUUCCAAAACAUUUAAAGUUUAUGCAACUAUGCGUGACUUGUCCAAGAAGGAGCGUCUUUUGGAAUGUGUGCGAGAUUGCCAUGCAGACACACUGGAGAUUUUACAGAUGGAUGUUACUGACCAGCAAUCAGUGGUGUCAGCCCAACAAAAGAUAAAAGAACAGCAUGUAGACAUAUUGGUGUGCAAUGCUGGUGUCGGUCUGCUGGGUCCCCUCGAAUCCCACUCUUAUGAAAGCAUGAAGAGGAUUUUUGAUGUGAAUUUCUUUGGAACUGUUUCUAUCAUACAAGCUUUUUUACCAAGGAUGAAACAAAGAAAGUCUGGCAGGAUCAUCAUCUCUGGCAGUUUGGGAGGUAUACAAGGUAUGCCAUUUAAUGAUGUGUACUGUGCCAGCAAGUUUGCAGUUGAAGGCCUCUGUGAAAGUUUGGCAAUAGUCCUACAGCAAUUUAAUAUUCAUAUUAGCCUCAUUGAAUGUGGACCAGUAAAUACUGAGUUUUCCAACAACCUCAAGAAAACGGACCCAGAGGACAUGAAGUUAAAGAGCAUGGACCCGGAAACUCAAGCCUUAUACAAAGCGUACCUCCAGCACUUCCAGACCAUAUUUCAAGAUAUUGCCCAGGAUACAGAGGAAGUUGUUCAGGUUUUCAUGGAAGCAAUCAGUGCCCCAUCACCUGCACUCAGGUAUUAUACAAACCAGUUCUUCAUGCCUCUGACCCAGCUGAAACUGUCCCAUAUGAGUGGGUGCCAGUACAUCAAAGCCAUGAAUAAGUUUGUAUUCUCUUCAAGCAAGAUGGGAGAAAAGUCUCAGCAGAAUGUGUAUAAGGAAAAAUAAAAUGUUAGAAAUGUCAGUUGUAUUAAAGGAAUUGUUUCACAUAUAAAACAGCACAUUUUGGUAGGAGAA